AUGUUGCGUGCGUCGGUUGGGUUGCCUCUGCUACUGGCAAUUUUUUGUUGCACAAGCUACUGCAGUGGAAUAACUGUGUCCAUACCUGGCCUCGGACAGGUGCUGGGAUCCGAAACGAGAACCGCACGCUCGGACCAUGUGAUACAUCAGUUUUUAAACAUCCCAUACGCUGAGCCUCCCAACGGAGAGAGACGUUUCAAAGCUCCAGUGCCUGUGAAUCCGUGGACUGGAGUGAAAGAUGUCACCACUGAAGGCCGUCCGUGUCCACAGCUGCGUAUUACCGAUCAACUUAAUCCUGGUGAAAUAACGCCCGCCCUCGAGGACUGCCUGUCGCUAUCGGUGUACACGAAAAACGUGAAUGUGCAAUUCCCCGUCAUGGUGUACAUCCAUGGUGGAUCAUUUUCGCUCGGUAGAGCGGCCGAGUACCCGCCGAACUAUCUUCUAGAACGCGAUGUUGUGCUAGUGGCCAUCCAAUAUCGACUCGGUGCCCUCGGGUUCCUCUCCACGAUGUCAUCCACCAUUCCCGGCAAUGCAGCGAUGUUGGAUAUCAUUAUGGCACUGAAAUGGGUACAAGAUCAUAUAGCACACUUUGGAGGAGAUCCGGGACGUGUAACGGUGUUCGGUCAAUCGGCGGGGGCCGCAGCAACAAGUGCGCUCUUGUACAGUCCGCUCGUACCACCGUCGUACUUCUCUCAAGUAAUUCUACAAUCUGGUGGAGCGACGGCAGGUUGGGCCAUUGAUCCCAACCCGGUGGAGAACGCGAAAGAGAUUGCCAGAUUUGCUGGUUGUAACACGUUGCUUCCUUUAGAAGACAUCGAAAGGUGCCUCAUGGACGCGAACGUGCUUAAUUUACUAAAUGCCUUAGAUCAACACACGAAAGACCGGACAGAUACCCAGGGCCUGAACAACGUUGGAGGUAGUGGAAUGGUUGUUGGAGGACCGACCGGUUUUCUUGACGCACUACCGUUUGAUAAAAUACGGUCAGGGAGGGUGCGCAGAGAUGUCCGAAUUAUGGCCGGGACAACGAAGCACGAUGGAUCGUUUAUGUUGACCAGCGUUUACGAUACUUUGGCCGCAUCGAAUCUUGUGGGAAACAAGCAGUUCAACCAGUACGACCUUAUCGAUAUGGUCAACCGGGUGUACGGCAUCGAUGAUCACAGUGGCACACUGACCGGGUUUGAAGUGGAGUCCCUCUUCACCGAACAGGACUUAAACAGUGGCAACUUCACUCAGCUCAUGGCGGGCAUAAUAGAUAUUGCUGGGGCGAUUAUCAUCAAAGCUCCAGUGCUACGGGAUGUCCAGAGCAAUGUGCGCUAUAGUGAAAAGGAAACGUAUCUGUACUCGUUCGAUUACAAGGGUGAACACACCCGCUUCGGAUACGGUGCCAGCACGGCACACUAUCCGUUCGAAGGUGGAACCCACCAUUCAGACGAUAACAUCUAUCUGUUUCCGUAUCCAUCGGAUGUAACCAACUUGAACGCAGCCGAUACCCUGAUGUCUGAGAUCAUGUUAGACCUAUGGACGUCUUUCGCUAUCGAUGGAGUUCCAAGAUCGAAUCGAAGUUUUCCAACAUGGCCGAAAGUCAACGGACCGACUGGCCCAUACCUGCAUAUCAAUAAUCCCGCCACUAUUGGGACCAAUUUUUACGAUGAGUAUGCAGUCAGUGCUCACGACCGAACGGGUGCUUCCGAUAAGAUAGCUGCCUCCAUAUGGUUGAUGCUGCUAUCUGUAUCGUUCAUACUACUUUCCUUUGCGCUAUCAAUGGAUUCUUGA